AUGGCUGCCAACACGACCCGUCAGUUCGCCCGCACGGCGCUGCGCUCCUCGACGCGUACCGCCUUCGCCGCUGCGCCCCGCCAGGCCUUCCGCCAGGGCCACCGCUUCUACUCUUCCGAGGCCCCCAAGGCUGCCGGCCCCAACUGGGCUCUGCUGUCUGGCCUCGCCGUCGCCGGUGCCGGUGGCGCCUACUUGUUCACCCGCGAGGGCGGCGUCUCGGCGGGCUCGGUGCCCAAGGUCGUCAACCCCACCAAGAAGGACUACCAGGACGUCUACAACGAGAUUGCCUCGCGCCUCGAGGAGAAGGACGACUACGAUGACGGCAGCUACGGCCCCGUCCUCGUGCGCCUCGCGUGGCACGCCAGCGGCACCUACGACAAGGAGACGGGCACGGGCGGCAGCAACGGCGCGACGAUGCGCUUCGCCCCCGAGGGCGACCACGGCGCCAACGCCGGCCUCCAGGCGGCGCGCGACUUCCUCGCGCCCGUCAAGGCCAAGUUCCCCUGGAUCACCUACUCGGACCUCUGGAUCCUCGGCGGCGUCUGCGCCCUCCAGGAGAUGCAAGGGCCCCUCAUCCCCUACCGGCCCGGCCGCAGCGACCGCGACGUGUCCUUCUGCACGCCCGACGGCCGCCUGCCCGACGCCACCAAGUCGCACGGCCACCUGCGCGACAUUUUCUACCGCAUGGGCUUCAACGACCAGGAGAUUGUCGCCCUCUCCGGCGCCCACGCCCUCGGCCGCUGCCACACGGACCGCAGCGGCUUCUCCGGCCCCUGGACCUUCUCGCCCACGGUGCUGACCAACGACUACUUCCGCCUGCUGCUCGAGGAGAAGUGGCAGUGGAAGAAGUGGGACGGCCCCAAGCAGCUCGAGGACAAGUCGACCAAGACGCUCAUGAUGCUGCCGACCGACUAUGCCCUCAUCCAGGACAAGGAAUUCCUCAAGACGGUCAAGGCCUACGCCAAGGACAACGACCUCUUCUUCAGGGACUUCUCCAACGUCAUUGUCCGCCUCUUUGAGCUCGGCGUGCCCUUCCAGGAGGGCUCCGAGCGCUGGAUCAUGAAGCCCACCUGGGACGAGUCGCCUUGA